AUGCGCCUUUCAGUGCACCUUAUCACCUGCCGUUUUGUCCCUCGCCUGUCGCUACAGGACUUUACAAAUGUGGGUGUAACCUUCAAGCCUGCACAAUGGAUUUUUCAGGAAGUCCAACACAAUUGUCAGCUCCAUAGGAUAUCAUUUUGUGCUGAUGAUAAAACUGACAAAAGAAUAUUUACUUUCAUAUGCAAAGACUCCGAAUCAAAUAAGCACCUGUGCUAUGUAUUUGACAGUGAAAAGUGUGCGGAAGAGAUAACUUUAACAAUUGGUCAAGCGUUUGACUUAGCUUACAGGAAAUUUUUGGAAUCCGGAGGAAAAGAUGUUGAGACAAGGAAACAAAUUGCAGGUUUACAGAAAAGAAUUCAAGAAUUAGAAACUGAAAACACAGAACUGAAAAAUAAAGUUCAAGAUUUGGAAAACCAGUUAAGAAUAACCCAAGUGCAUGCAUCACCA